ACCCGUAGUUCAGAUGGAGGAAACCUAAACCUCUACAGCUGACUCUAGCUUCUUUUCUCAGCUGUUUUUAGUUACAGACGAAGGAAACGGCUGAGUUUAUUACGAGGAACAAGUCGUCUUGCAUUCUUCUCUUUUCUUCUUGUUUCACAUUUGCAUAACGAAGGGUAAAACUUAUUAAAGAAUCAUGGGGUGAAUCAGACAUUUGAGGAUGAGGAUGUUAUUCUAGUGAUGAAGGAGCUGUCGUCAGAAAACUCAGACCAAAUUUCAUUAUGGUGAAGGAAGCUUUGCCGAGCUGGGUCCAUCAGGACUCUGAAGAGGGUCUCGUUCAUGUGAAUGUCGGCGGUCUGAAGAGGAGCCUCUGUUCCAGCACACUGAAGAAAUUUCCAGACACCAGACUAGGAAAACUGCUGGCAUGCGAUUCAGAGGAAGAUAUACUGCAGGUGUGUGAUGACUAUGACAUACAGGAGAAGGAGUUUUAUUUUGAUAGGAAUCCCGGUCUAUUCCCUUAUGUCCUCCACUUUUACCAGACUGGCAAACUUCACGUGAUGGAAGAACUCUGUGUGUUCUGUUUCAGCCAGGAGAUAGAGUAUUGGGGCAUCAACGAGUUCUUCCUGGACACCUGCUGUAGUUACCGUUACCACGACCGCAAGCUGGAGAGAGGCCGACACCGCAGCUGGGAUGACGAGAGUGACGUCAGCAGCGUUGACACAUCUGUAGACGAGAUUUCAGAUUUAAACAAGGACAUGCAGCAUUUUCAGGAGGUUCGCUAUGGGAACAUCAAGAAGUGUUUGUGGCUUACACUGGAGAACCCAGGGUACUCCAUCCCCAGCAAGCUCUUCAGUCUUCUCUCCAUCGGAGUGGUGCUCACAUCCAUCACCACUAUGUGCAUUAACAGCAUCCCAGAGUAUCAGACUUUUGACUCAGAUGAAAAGUUGAUCCAUGACCCAACCACACAGGCUCUUGAGGUAUUCUGUACGUGCUGGUUCACCUUUGAGGUUGUGGCACGUCUGCUGCUCGCUCCAAACAGGAGGAAGUUCUUUUAUCACCCACUCAACAUUAUCGACCUGGUGUCUGUGGGUCCCAUCUACAUCACCCUGAUCUUUGACAUAGCUGUGGGAUCCGAGUCUGAACUGGGAGGCCUGGGGCGACUCAUACAGGUGUUCAGAUUAAUGAGGAUCUUCAGAGUUUUGAAGUUAGCCCGACACUCUACAGGUCUGCGCUCCCUGGGAGCAACACUUCGGCACAGUUACCGUGAAGUGGGGAUACUCCUGCUAUAUCUGGGUGUCGGGGUGUCUGUCUUUUCUGGGAUUGCUUACACCGCUGAAUGUGAAGAGGACGUAGGUUUGGACACAAUCCCGGCCUGCUGGUGGUGGGGAACUGUCAGCAUGACCACGGUGGGUUAUGGAGACGUAGUGCCUGUCACAGUGGCUGGAAAGUUAGCAGCCAGUGGAUGCAUCCUGGGCGGCACUUUGGUGGUGGCUCUGCCCAUCACUAUCAUCUUCAACAAGUUCUCACACUUUUACCGCCGGCAGAAAGCUCUGGAGGCGUCCGUGAGGAACAACAACUGCAAGAGGAUCAAGGUGAUCUGCGAGAACGAGCCGGAGGAUGAAGAGGAAUCAGAUGGUGACAGUCGCUGCCUGGAUGAUGAUGAUAUUGAUGACAUUGAAGAUGACAUUGAUUUUGAGGAUGAAGGAGGAGUGAUAAACUACAGCUAUGUGGAGCAUCCAUCUUACACAUCGACAAUGAGAAAGAAGGAGCUGUAUCAGCUGUAAAGAUCUGAAACUUUAUGACAGACACUAUUAACCUAAACUCGGUGGACUACAUAUACCAUGAGGACAAUACGUGACACUAGUUUGAUUAGAGUUUGAUGCUUCCAGAUCAUUUAGGUGAAGGAGACGGGUCGUAACUGGGGAAUACAGGGAAGUAAGCAUGAAUUUUGGGGCUUCCAUGAAUUGUAAUGUGUUGCCACUGAGCGUACAUGUGGGCUGUUUCAGGACUGAAUUUUACCUUUUGGUUUUAUUGCUCUGCUUGUUGAAAAUGAAAGUAAAAACCAAUCAAAGGAGAAUGACAGACCAUAUCAAAGUCAAACCGUACAAAAGAACUGAAUGUAUGUGGAAAAGCAUGCUGUUCAGUAAUGUAAAUAAAAUACACCAUAGAAAUACUUUAAUAACAUAGAAGAAGAUGAAGGACAUAUUUAACAGGCUAAAGUCCAUAGUUGCAAAAUUUGCAUCAGCUAAACAGGUAAGUUAGCGUCACCUGAGAGAUAAAUUGUUUAUCAGAAAAUGCAAACACAGGUGACAUAAAGAACAGUAAAAAAGUGUUGGACAUGAAGAUUAUAAACUUUUAACCAUAAAUGUUUGGCACAAAAGUAAGAUAAGUUGUGUUUGAUUAUUUCUUUGUUGUCACAAUGCUCUAAAGCAUUGAAAAUGCUCAUUAUUUCAAAUUAAAUGGUGCCACAUUUGUAAGGAAAAUGCAUUUGUGGGUUGAGCAGCAGAGUUUAGUAUGUGGGUUGCUCCCAUGAAAAACUCGCCAAAUCCUCUCUGGCUCUCUGUAUUCUGCUACAGACUCGUGUUUGGUGUCACUUAUUGCUUUAAAUAAUGUAGGUUUAAAGAAACAAGACAUAUUAGCUAUUUGACAAUUAAUUCACUUGCCAAACAAGGGCCAUAAGAGUGUGUGGGAGAACUGUACACAACCACAAAUGCUUGGUCACACACUGAUGUGGGAUGACUUCCAAUUCCUGAACUAGCACUUUUCACAGGGCAGGUAAUGUGGUUGUGUUGGUUAUUUUGGCAUGAACAAGUCCAAGCUGAUUCCAAACAUGUUUGAUGGGGUGGAGGUAGGGACGUCCAACAGGCCAUUCUAUCCUUUCCACUCCAAAGUUCUAGAGUUUGUUUCUGAUCAACCUUGCUCUCUGUCCAGGACAAGCGUUAUUAUCUUAGAGGAAAUAGUUCAGUGAAGAUCUGGGAUUGCCACUGGCUAUAGAAUUUCAUCAUAUUUUUCUCUAUUAGAACUAUCUCCAUUGUGAGGAAGAUGCCUCCACCAAAAGGUGUUUGGCAUUGGAGGAUAUUUGGCAAGGUUUUAUGGGUAUAACGUAUUUGACAAACAAAGGCAUUUUUCUCACAAUUGUGAGAACAUUUAAGAGGAAAUAAACAGGAAGACCCUCAAACUCCAACUUUUUUCAAAAUGUUUCAACAUUUGGACACCACAUUGAAAUGGUCUGACUUCAAUUAGACACUUUAUCCUCCUGCACGAUACCCUAAAUGUAUUACUAAAACAGCUUGUAAAAGAUCACCCAAAAUCAGCACUGAUAACAUAUUCUACAAGUAAUAUUUGCAUGUUAAUAACAAAUAGUGUUGAACUAUGUAAUUGUUGCCCUUUCAUGUUAAUUUCUAGGAUGUAGUUUCACCUUUCUAUUACCAUUCAUCUUUGCAUUACUUGAGACACUCUCUACAUGUAAUUUUAGGAGGUAUUUUGAACAGUUAGCAGCAUGCCUUUGUUAGACUACCUCUUGAAUUCCACACAGCAGCUCUCUUUUCACCUCUGCAGAUAAUCCCCGUAAGAGAGCAGUGUUUUUAGGGAAUGGGGUUAUGGAGUGAUGAUGCUCUACUCCUGAAUGUGCUCUCUCUUCCUUAUGCCAACACUCCCUUUUACCCUACCAUGGCAGCUGCUCACAGAUAAGCCUGGGAGAAAGUUGUAGUCUUCAUUUUAAUAAAGUUUUCAUGAUUUGUU